GAGGAGCAGGAGCAGGAGGAGGAGGAGGAGGAGGAGGAGGAGCAGGAGCAGGAGCAGGGACCCCUCGGGCCAGGAGCACCUCCGGCAGCCCCCACCGGGAGGAAGCGUGCUGGGGCGGGCCGCGGCCCCGGCAGGACUGCCGGACGUGCGCCGCUCGCCCGCCGCGUCUUGGGCACGGCGGGGCGCAAGCAUUCCUGGAGGCCUGGGAAUGGGCACCAACACCAACACGGGGGGGCUGCCUCCACAGGGAGAAGAGGAUCCCAGAUGCACACCGCCGAUACUGGUGUUAUGUUGUUCCCAUCCUACUUAAGGACCACAUCCCAGAAAUAAUUUCGAGCACCCGGAAAAGUGCCGAACGAGUGUCGAAGCAGUGUCGGGCGAGUGUCUCCCCGGGCCCGACACGUGACAACCCCUGAGUUUCGGUACCUUUUGGGGCGCUCGAAGUCCUUUCUGCUGGUCAAGGCUAAAAGAGGUUGGAGCAUCAUAGUAUUGGUGCUGGUGUCAACCUCUGGGCCUGCGACUGGUGGCCGAGGCGCCCUCACCAAGCCGGAGGGCCGCGCGUCGGAGCCAGCGGCGCGGCGACAGACGGUGUGUCCAUCGGCGGCGAGCUCCGGGGGGAGGUGAGAAGUGGCGGGCCUUCUCAGAAGGCUCGGCAGUCCUCCGGCCUGCUGAACAAAUUCAAUGGGACGCACAGAGACAUACAAGCACUAUCGGAGGUGAGGGGGUGAGAUCGAAGUGGAACGAAGAAAGAAGGAGAAGGAGGAGGACGGAUCGCCUAAGCCCUUCGGAGGCACCCUCCACGUGGGCGCGGACGGGGCGGUGCCACCUCUAGGCGGGCCGCGCCACUUCUGCAGGGCGGUCUGGGCUCGCCGCCUGGUCGUCGUCGAGGUGCGGCGGCGGGCUCCGCGCACGGCGCUCGCCGCGGCGGCCCUCGCCGCGGCGGCCCUCGCCGCGGCGCUCCUCGCCGC